UUUCCUCCUCUUCCAGAGUUCAAUUGUUUUCAUCUUCCAAAACAUUUGAUUAUAAGUAAAGCAUCGCAUACUGUAUUGGAUAAUCGAUGAUUAUGGCUGUAUUUUGGUUCUUGGUCAUAUCAAGUUUCAUCUUCUGCUUGCUGUUGGUACGAAUGGCGGUUUCAAAGAAUAAUAAGAGAAAGAAGAAGAAGAACAGUACAUGCAAGCUUCCUCCUGGUUCCAUGGGAUGGCCUUACUUAGGAGAGACUCUACAACUUUAUUCACAAGACCCCAAUGUUUUCUUCACUUCCAAGCAAAAGAGAUAUGGAGAUAUAUUCAAAACACGAAUCCUUGGCUAUCCUUGCGUGAUGCUGGCUAGCCCCGAGGCUGCAAGGUUUGUCUUGGUGACUCAUGCACAUAUGUUCAAGCCAACGUAUCCGAGAAGCAAGGAGAGGCUAAUUGGACCAUCUGCUCUAUUUUUCCACCAAGGAGAUUAUCAUGCCUAUUUAAGGAAACUUGUCCAAUCCUCUUUAUACCCUGAAACCAUCCGGAAACUUAUCCCUGAUAUCGAACACAUUGCCCUCUCUUCUUUACAAUCUUUGGCCAAUAUGCAUAUUGUCUCUACGUACCAAGAAAUGAAGAAGUUCGCUUUUGAUGUUGGUAUUCUAGCCAUAUUUGGCCAUUUGGAGUGUUCUUACAGGGAGAUGUUGAAACAUAAUUACAAUAUUGUGGAAAAAGGCUACAACUCUUUCCCCAUGAAUCUUCCCGGAACAUCUUACCACAAAGCUCUCAAGGCGAGGAAGCGGCUAAAGACAAUAGUAAGCGAGAUUAUACGUGAAAGAAGAGAGAAAAGCAUUUUGAGAACGGACUUUCUUGGUCAUCUACUCAACUAUAAGGACGAUAAGGGUCGUGUGCUAACCCAAGAACAGAGUGCGGACAACAUUAUCGGAGUCCUUUUCGCCGCUCAAGACACGACAGCUAGUUGCCUAACUUGGAUUCUUAAGUACUUACAUGAUGAUCAGAAGCUUCUAGAAGAUGUUAAGGAUGAGCAAAGAGCAACAUAUAAAGAAAACAGUAGAGAGAAAAAGUCUUUAACAUGGGGACAAACAAGAAACAUGCCACAAACACACAAGGUUAUACUUGAGAGUUUGAGGAUGGCAAGCAUCAUACCCUUCACAUUCAGAGAAGCAGUGGAUGAUGUUGAAUAUAAGGGAUAUUUGAUACCGAAGGGAUGGAAAGUGAUGCCACUCUUCAGGAAUAUUCAUCACAAUCCCAAAUAUUUUUCAAACGCUGAGGUUUUCGAUCCAUCUAGAUUUGAGGUAAAUCCAAAGCCAAAUACAUUCAUGCCCUUUGGAAGUGGUGUUCAUGCUUGUCCCGGGAACGAACUCGCCAAGUUACAGAUUCUUAUCUUUCUCCACCACUUAGUUUCCAAAUUUCGAUGGGAAGUGGUGGGAGGAGAAGGGGGAGUAGAGUACGGUCCAUUUCCAAUCCCUCGAAAUGGUCUUCUUACUACAUUUCGGCAACAUUCUCUUUAGUUCUUCAAACCCUUAAAGUAUAUAUUAUUAUUAUUAUUUUCUUAAUUAAUUAGCCAUAGUUUUUAUUUAUCUAAAUUCCAUAAAAAAACAUGUAAAACCCUUCGAGAUUAUUUUAAAGAAAUUCAUUAUUGUAGUCAUUGAGAGUUUUAACAUGUUGCAUCCUACACCUAUGAUGGAGAAAAUGUUUAUUCCGGUAUUCUCAGUAACAGUCGAAGUUGGUUAAUCUUUUCUUUGGGGUGAAUAAACCAACCAAAUCAAAAGCGUGGGACGGUGUGAGCCACGUGAAAGGAGCAGAAAGACCGCAAAGCGUUAAUGUGAAACAGUAAAAGAGGUGUGUUUACAAU